GAGAAACGCCGCCUCUUGUGUGAAACACACACACACACACACACACACACACACACACACACACCACGUGACAACCCUGACUGAACAAAACAACACAGUGAGAACACACACUCCACACACUCCGCACACUCAGGACUCCAGAAAGACUCCUCAUGAUCCACAUGAAGAUGAUUGCCCUUUGGAAACUCGUCCUCAGCCUGACUUUGACAGGCUCCAUCCACUGCGGUAAGGUCCUGGUGUUCCCGCACGAUGGCAGCCACUGGGUUAACAUGAACAUAUUAAUACAAGAGCUGCACAACAGAGGUCACAAUAUCACGGUCAUCCGUGCGAGUGACAGCUGGUACAUCAAAGAGCAAUCACCCUACUACCACUCCAUAACCAUCGACUUCUCACUGGGGGGCGACGAAGCUUUCUUCGCCACCUUUGUCUCCAGACAACUGCAGAUUCGACGGGAAGGAAGCUCACUCUGGACUCGAUUCAGUCUGGACAUGGAGUUAAAAAACAGGUUUUCGGCGGUGCACAGGAACAUAAGUGAAAUGGUCAUUCAUAUAAUCGAGGAUCCAAAACUGAUCGGUUCGAUCCGAGAAGCGGAGUAUGACGUGAUGCUAACAGACCCCGUGAACGGCGGAGGAGUCGUGCUCGCACAUUAUCUGCGCCUACCUCUCAUUUGCAACGCCCGCUGGACGGUGCACGGAGAGGCGCACUUCGCGAUCGCGCCGUCGCCGCUUUCCUACGUUCCCUUACCUUUAUCCAUGUUAACGGAUCAAAUGACGUUUUUCCAAAGAGUAUAUAACAUGCUCUACUAUUACCUCAGGCUCUACUUAUACAAGAGCAUUGUAGGUCCACAUUACAGUGCUUUGUGUAACCGCUACUUUGGGCCAGAUGUGGACUAUUUCGAAUUGUUCCAGGCAGCCGACUUCUGGCUUAUGAGAGUCAAUUUCGUGUUCGAGUUUCCUCGCCCGACGAUGCCUAACGUCGCUUAUAUGGGCUGCUUCCAGUGCAGGCCAGCCAAAGCCCUUCCGGACGAUUUUGAAGACUUCAUGAAAAGCUCCGGAGAGCAUGGUGUUGUCCUUGUAUCAUUGGGAACGCUGGUGGGACAGCUUCCUGAUACCAUAGCGGACGAAAUGGCGGCCGCGCUUUCAAAGCUCCCUCAGAAAGUGAUCUGGCGAUACUCAGGGAAAAAACCGUCCACUCUCGGGAACAACACCAUCCUCAGGGACUGGUUGCCACAAAACGAUCUGCUUGGACAUCCAAAGACGAAGGUCUUUGUGAGCCAUGGUGGAACGAACGGGAUUUUAGAAGCUAUUUAUCACGGCACUCCAAUCGUUGGCCUGCCUGUGGUUUUUGAUCAACAUGACAAUCUCGCGAGGAUGAAAUAUAAAGGUGUAGCACAGGUCAUAGACAUAGCGACACUAAACGAGAAUGAAUUCCACAAGGCUCUGCAGGAAGUCAUAAACAAGCCUUCUUACAGUUUGAACAUGAACAGGCUGUCUAGGCUUCUCAGAGACACACCUGUCGAACCUCUGGACAACGCCAUGUUCUGGAUAGAGUUCGUCAUGCGACACAGAGGUGCCCCUCAUCUUCGAACGGAGUCGUACAAAAUGCCUUGGUACGUUUACUACAGUGUCGAUGUUGUAACGUUUCUACUGUUAGUUACAUGCGGGUUAAUUUUAUUCCUCUUCACCGUAAUCCGUUACAUGUGCUGCAGGGCAUGCAGGAAAAGAAGAGAAAAGCAAGACUGACUCUACAAUGCACCACUAAACGUGCAUAUACACACACAGUUUCAAUUAAUAUCACACGUGUGCCUUUAAUUAGUAAUUAAAAUAUUUGAUUUUACUUAGUCAACUGGUAAAACUAUAAGGGGAGGUGGACACUUACUGGUUAAGCCAUUGGACUUUGGAUACAAAGGUUGUGGGUUCUAAUCCGAGCCAAACCAAGCUGCCUCUCCUGGGCUUCUGAACAAGGCCCUCAACCCUACAGCUGCUCAGUUGGAUGAAUAAGAUGAAUGUAAGGGUGACUGCGAAAUGCCAUAAAUGUAAAUAUAUAAAUAUUUUAUGAAAAAUCACUUCUUUUUAUGAUUUUCACUUGCAGUAUGUUUCCCAGAGCAGUGUUUAGUUAUGCACGUGUUCCCUUAGUGGGGUGUUUUGAGUGUUAAAAUGUAGCUAGUGUUAGUUCACACUACUGUUCACAAUACUUACUGGUCUUUAUUGCUUUAUCAUCCAUGCACUUAUUCUUGUUUUUUUCCCUCAUUGCAAGAAUUAGUAAUAAAUGCAGGUCAUGCUAUCUAUAAA